AUGUCGCAAACUGAAAUGUCUCUGUACUACGUUUUGACGCACAAUUUUUCGAUGCAUCCGUUGUACGAAUGUCCUGAGAACAUGACGACCACAAUAAUUGAGAGACCGUACAUUGGAACUUAUUUCUUUGUUUCUGGAAUAAUUUUGAUUAUAAUCUAUCUUCCAUGCUUCCUGGCAAUGCUUCGAUCCAAGUGUCGUGCUCCUUCGUUUCAACUCAUGAUACUUCUAGGAAUAUUUGAUCUAUUAUCACUUUGCGUCAAUUCAGUCACAACUGGAUAUCUUGGAAUGAUUGGAGCAUCAUUUUGCAAUUACCCAUUAUUCGUGUUCUGUGCUGGAUCGAUUGGUCUUGGCUCUUGGAUGGGUGGAUGCGUGUGCUGUAUUCUUCUUGCAGUGGACAGAUGCGCUGAAAUAAAUGCGAAUUUUCCCCUUGCAAUUAUUUUUCACAAACACGUUUUCCGGCUAGUUAUGUUUAUCAUUAUUAUUUUCUGGAUAUUUGCAAGCUUUUUCACCAAACCUCUUCUCUACAGAGCACAAUACAGCUCGUGGUUUUUUGAUCCAAAUGUUGGAAAUGAUCCAAGCUUCUACCAUAAUAUUCCUCACACAAUCAAUAACUUAUUAGUGUCAGCCAGUUCAACUCCGCUCUACAUAUAUCUAUGUUAUCACUUGAUUUUUAAAUUUGGAUAUUCUACAUCAAUGUGGUUGUAUAGAUCAAAGCAGCAGAUUGUCAUCCAAGCGGUGAUUCUCUGUUCCUUCCAUGCGGUAGCAGCCUACAUCUACGUGUACAUGCAGUUCUUCCCAUCCCCACCAUGGAUUAUCAUAAUUGGACAAAUGGCGUGGCAAUGGAGCAAUGGAUGUGUUUGUAUAGCAUACUGGACCCUCAACAGGACCGUAAGAAAUGCUGCAAUCAGAAUGAUGCUACCAAAAAGACUUCGAAUAAGAUUUGGAUUGCAUAUUGGAAUUGAUGAGCAAAUUGCAAUGGAGCGUCAAGAUGAUAGAACUAAUAAUAAUAAUAAUGUUGUUCUUCCGGCAAUGGCUGUUAAUGGCAAUAAGAUUGCUCCAUUUUUAAGUGAAUGAGUAGAUAAUAAGAU